CUCCCUCCCACCCUCUAGCGACGCGCCAGGCGACCGCUGAAGCCCACUUUGAACUCUUGGGAAGCGGGAGGGGUCUUAACUUCCCCGUGUGCGUCUCGCCCCAUGUGCACGUCGCAGCUCGCACUACUGCAGGUGUUGUUCCUGCUGGUCCCCGAGGGCGUCUGGUCUCAGCCCUCAUCCUCCCCGUCUGGGGCUGUGCCCACCCCUUCGGACGUGGGGCCGGGGUCGCCGGGCGGGACCCUUCAGACCUCCUCGGAGGGCUCUGAAACUCCCUGGCCUGUGCCUGGGAUCUCUACGGUGGGCCCUACGGUAGUGACCCCCUCUGCACCUGGGAAUGGGACCGUAGACCUCUUCCCAGUCUUACCGAUCUGUGUCUGUGACCUGACUCCUGGUACCUGCGACAUAAAUUGCUGCUGCGACAAGGACUGCUAUCUACUCCAUCCCAGGACAGUUUUCUCCUUCUGCCUUCCAGGCAGCGUGAGGUCUUCAAGUUGGGUGUGUGUAGACAACUCCCUAAUCUUCAGGAGUAAUUCCCCAUUUCCUUCAAGAGUUUUCAUCGAUUCGAGUGGAAUUAGGCAGUUUUGUGUCCAUGUGAAUGAUUCAAAAUUAAACUAUUUCCAGAAGCUUCAAAAGGUCAAUGCAACCCGCUUUGAGGCCCUGGCUACAGAGUUUGGAGGUGGAUCCUUCACUUCAACAUUCCAAACCCAGUCACCACCACCUCAUUACAGGGCUGGGGACCCCAUUUUGACUUACUUCCCCACGUGGUCUGUAAUCAGCUUGCUGAGGCAGCCUGCGGGAGUUGGAGCUUGGGGGCUCUGUGCCGAGAACAAUCCUGCAGGUUUCCUGGAGAGUAAAAGUACAACCUGUGCUCGUUUCUUCAAGAAUUUGACAAGUAGCUGCACCUUGGAUCCAGCCCUCAAUGCUGCCUCUUAUUAUAACUUCACAGUCUUAAAGGUUCCAAAAGGUAUGACUGAUCCGCAGAAUUUGAAGUUCCAGGUUCCUGUAACCCUUGUCUCAGAAGCUGAUCCUCCUUUCUUGUCUGGAAACACUUGUCAGAAUGUGGUUUCCCAGGUCAUCUAUGAGAUAGAGACGAAUGGGACUUUUGGAAUCCAGAAAGUCUCUGUCAGUUUUGGACAAACCAACCUGACUGUCAAGCCAGGCACUUCCUUAGAGCAAUACUUUAUCAUUCGCUUUAGGGCUUUUCAACAGAACAUAGCUACUUCUUUUACUCGUCCUAGAAGUGGAAAUCCUGGCUAUCUUGUUGGGAAGCCACUUUUGGCCAUAACUGGUGAUUUAAGUCACCCUAUGACCCUCUUACAGAGUCGGGGUGAUGGAAUUUGCUCUGUUAAGAGACAUGAAGUACAAUUUGGAGUGAAUGCAGUAUCUGGAUGCAAGCUCAGGCUGAAAAAGGUGGCCUGCAGCCACUUACAGCAGGAGACUUAUGAGGCUCUCCAUGGAAAGACCAGCCCAGAACUAGUUGCCAUCUUUGGUAAUGCUGACCCGGCCCGGAAGAGUGAGUGGACGAGGAUUCUCAGCAGCAACUGCAGUGUUCCGGCUAUGCAUUGUACUUCCUGCUGUGUCAUACCAGUUUCCCUGGAGAUCCAGGUAUUGUGGGCAUUUAUAGGCCUCCAGUCCAACCCACAAGCUCAUGUGUCAGGAGCCCGGUUCCUAUACCGGUGCCAAUCCAUAAAGGAUUACCAGCAAAUAAUAGAUGUACCUUUGACAACUGUUGUGACCUUUGUGGACAUUACCCAGAAGCCAGAGCCUCCAAGGGGCCAACCUAGAAUAGACUGGAAACUGCCAUUCGACUUCUUUUUUCCCUUCAAAGUGGCAUUCAGCAGAGGAGUAGACUCUCAGAAAGGCUCAGCCUCUCCCAUCCUUAUCCUGUGUCUCUUAGUCCUUGGAGUUCUCAAGCUAGAAACCAGGUGAAACAAGAAGAACCAGCUAUUAAUUUUCCCUAUGGGAAGUUCAGAGACAGCCUACUUAUCUUGGCUAAAUAGGUCCAUACCUGCUCGUGACCUGACCAGCGGAGAGUGUAUAAGAUAACAGAGGACCUAACUGAAGGAAUGUUUGUAUGUGAAAGAAGGGAUUUUCGAAAAGCAAUAAAAAUACCUUAUUUGUCAUGGUUCUCUGCUUAGGACUGUGCAGACCACCAAGUACACAUUAGGUUCUCUACUUCUCAAGCUAGAAAGAACACAAAGAGCCCUGCCUCCAGCCCUUUAGUUUGUGUUUGCCUCACUAAAGUUUUGCAAAAUCUUCAUGCAUCUGCUCACAGGCACACUGAGGCCCAGCAUUGAAAGGAACGUGCUCCUGCUGUCCCCUGGAUGAACUUGGGAAUAGAUGCCCUCUGGACUUGAGAGGAGCUGAAAACUGCUGGCUAAGGAUUUCAUCUCGCCUCUCCCCAUUCCCUUGGGCUACACUCUGUCUGGGCAUGAGUGAGGAGAGCAACUCCUAGUCAGUUUCCAAAAUGACUGUGGAAUCCCAGACCCCCAUUUUUUACUAGCAAAUGAUCCUACUGCUCAUUUCUGUAUUUUUCUUCCAUUGUGGUGAGGAGAAACAAAACUGAGAGCUUUGUUGUACUAAUUCCAGCAGCACACAGAAGCUGACAUGUGAUCACCUCGUGAUUAUCUAUGUGCAGGAGAUUUUAAAAAGUGGGGAAAAACUUUCAUACAUCACACAGUGGCAUUCAAAUGAAGUACUUGGGCUCUUUUCCUGGGAUUAGAGCUAAACAUAGCAUGAUAAGUAAGAUAGGUUGGGAGCUUGGAAGGGUGAAGGUGAUGCCAGAGGGUUGGGAGCCUAAAGUGACUGUAGUAGAAACACUGAAUGGGCAAAAGAUACACUAAGAUAUGGGGUAAGUAACAUGAGAGCUCAUUAUAUGGGGACUUGAAAUCCAGGCAGAGAGAACUGGGAGAUAGUCUUUUUUUUCCCCCAAAACAUAUUAAUCUGAAUCUAGAAUUGCCUUUUAAUAAAACAUAUACUUAGUUAUAAUAAAUCCUAUUUCAUGAGCAGAAAAUGCUAAUUGUAGAAGGCAUCUCUGAUGGGUUUAUUAUUUUGCCCACUCCAAAGUACCCCGGAAGUAACCUACCUCCCUGGAGGAAAUUGGCAAGGUUCUCAUAGCAGUUAUUACCAAACCAGGAGGAAGUACUUCUGUACAAGGGACAUUCUGCACAGGGGAGGUCGGGACCUGGGAAGCUGACAGUAUGGUUCCCAGUAGAGUCCGUUAGGAAGAUGUUAAUGUGAAUUCAGCAGCCCUACCUCCAAAGAGGCCUGUACCAAAACAGACCACAAGCUACUGGAGUAUUCAGGGUCUUCAGUUUGGGCUUCUUAAAGGGGAAUAAGCUUAUGUGACAACCCUAUAUUAUGGGGUAGGAGACCUCAAAUUUACUCCCAACAGCCUACAAGUCCUUCUUAGAAUCUGAUCCUUCUAUUUCUUUAUUCACAUGCUUAUUCCCAUGCCCAGGUGCUAUGAAACCAUCCUAUCUCUCUACCAAAAAAAUUUGAAUAUAACUCACUCACUGUGUAAGUCACAAAUCCAAAUCAGUGAUUUUUAGUAUAUUCAGAUUUAUGUAACUGUCACCGCUAAUUCCAGAAUAUUUUCAUCACCCUAAAAACAAAGUCCCACUGAUUAACAGUCAUUUCUCAUUUCCCCUUUCCCCUUGGUUCCUAGCAGUCACGAAUCUGUUUUCUCUGUAUGUAGAUUUGCCUGUUCUGGACGUCUCAUAUAAAUGGAAUCAUACAAUAUGUGACCUUUAGUGUCUGUGGCAUAUUUUCAGAGUACCUAUGUUGUAGCAUAGAUUGUACCACAUUUUAUUUAUUCAUCAGUUGAUGGACAUUUGCGUUGUUCCUACUUUUUGAAGUUAUGAUUAAUGUGGCUUUGAACAUUCAUGUACAAGUUUUUGUGUGGACUUAAGAUUUUAUUUAUUUUGAGUAUAUACCUUGGAGUGGAAUUUAUGAGUAA